AGGUAGAUUUAAUCUUUGAUAAGAGUUAUUUAAAAUGGAAGAUUCAUCUGGGUUUGAAUGUGAGAUCUGCUCUAAAGAAUUCAGCUCUAAUAAAAAAUUGAAAGCACACACAAGACUUCAUGUUGUACCUCGGGCUUACCCAUGUGUUGUGUGUGGGGAAAUAUUUAUCGAUAUGGUUAUUUUACAACAUCAUAUGUUAACACAUACAGGAAAGGAGAGCCAUAAAUGCAAUAUUUGCCAAAAAUUAUUCUCUCGUAAAACGACAUUACAAAUCCAUAUGCGUUUACAUGACGGCAAUACUAGUAAAUAUGAAUGCAUGGAAUGUGGAAAAGCAAAUGGUACAAAAUAUGAUUUAGAAUGCCAUAUGAGAACACAUACUGGCGAACGACCUUUUGUAUGCGAAGUUUGUGAGCCAUCGGUCAGCUUUGCGACGAAAUCAAGUUUACAUCGACAUACGAGAAGGCAUUCUGGAUAUCAGCCAUAUUCAUGUAAAGCAUGUGACAAAUCUUUUGCCCGCAAGGAUCAAUAUACAAGACAUAUUGGAAAACAUCUUCAAUACCAUUGUCAAAUAUGUGAUAAAUAUUACUCAACUUAUCAAAAAUUCACUCAGCAUAGAGUAUGGUGUAUAGUGCCUACGACACCUACAAGUCUAUUCGAGGAUGAAAACCUUACUACAAGUCAUUUAGAUUUAACUAGCACGGAACAAUUCACUUUUCCAUUACCAGAGUCUGAUAGUCAAGCAAAGACAUUGUCGUCUGAUAAUAUUGCUACCAUAAGUGAAUCAGAUUCACAAUGUGAAGCAAAGGAAUUUAACUCAGAUAUUACUGAAGAUAAAAGAACUAUUGUAAUACAUAUUUCAUUAGACAGUGAUGAUUAAUAAAAUGGUAGCCUACUGUAAUUUUAUUUCUUUACUCGGAUAAUUGGACAUGAAUUGAAUUAUUUUUGCAAAACAGUUCUUCGCUCUAAUAAUGCCACAGCCUUACAAUUAAUUUUGUCAUUUUUUUUCAUUUAUUUAUUUGAACUUGUUUCAGAUCUUUUGUUUCUUCCCCAAAAUCAUAACUUCCUAAACAUUCGAUGUAAUCAUCUUUUUUUGGUCAUGAGAUCCUUUGAGAAAUUGAAUUUUGAUAACAAAAACUUAAGGUCAAGCCUUCUUAAAUUUUCUCCAAACAAUUCUAUAUUUUGACUUAAACUCCCAUCCCUGGGGAGUUUAAUAAUACGACUCUGGCUCAAAUAUCAUUAGAUACAUGGCUAACUCUUAACACCACAACCGCGAUAGUAGUAUUGUUAUCUAUAUGUCAACUCUGUUUUCAAGACUUUAUUUAUGAAUAAAUUUUAAAUCCUUGUUUUAGA